AUGACAAGAGGACCAAACACUCCGCUGGUACCCCCAUUUGAAGAUCCCGAAUCCGCAUUGAAAAGGAACAAAGGAAAGGAUGUGGAAAGCUCGAAUACACCCAAGAAGUCACCUUUGUCUAAUUUGAAGAUUGUUUUUGGGAAGAAAAAGAGUAGCAAGUCAGGAGCAUCCAACGCCUCUUUAGUAAUCGAAGAGCCGGUUAAGGAAGACAUCGAGUACGAGACCGAGGAAGAAGAGGAACCUACAUACGAGCACAAAUCCGAUUUCGAGGACGAAUUAGCUAUCACUAUGCCCGCAAUUCCCGCAACUGCUACUUUUGAGCUUAAGGUUCAUAUCCUAGCUUUACUUAGAGAGAUCCCGUUCACUGGCAAGGAUCACGAAGACACCUACAAGCACUUGGAUGAAGUUAAUGAUGUAGCUGAUUACUUCAAUGUUCCCAACGUGCCCCGAGAAACUCAACUACUUCGCAUGCUUCCGGUAACUUUGAAGGGUGCUGUAAAGGAUUGGCUCAAGUCACUACCACCCGAAACCAUCACUACGUGGGCUCAGCUGAAAGAAGAGUUCAUUGAUCAAUUCUGUCCACCAUCCAAGAUAUCCAAACUCAAGAAAGCCAUAGCCAAUUUUGAACAACAAGCUGGAGAGUCACUAUAUGAAGCCUGGGAGAGGUACAAGAGCUUGCUAAGGAACUGCCCACAUCACGACCUCAAUAGCCAGCAAGAAGUCUCCAUCUUUUAUGAUGGGGUAAAUGUUACAACAAGGCAACUACUUGAAUUGCAAGGUCCACUCACGAAGAAGCCACCCCCAAUGAUAAAACAGCUAAUUGAAGAAUUCUCUAAGCAUUCUAGAGAAUAUCAUAAUCCAAGAAAUGAUGUGACACGGGGAUCUGCUUAUGCAGCUUCUGAAGACUUGUCGGCAGUGAUGGCUAUGUUGAAAAACAUGGAUAGGAGGAUGGACAAGAUCGACCACACAAUACAUGCUAUACGGGUGGGUUGUGAAAACUAUAAUGGGCCUCACCUCACUAGAGACUGUGAUUUAGAUGAAAAUGGCAACAAGAAGGUGCAAGCCAAGGAGGAGAAGUUCAGGCAAAAAGGAAGAGGUUUUUACCAAAAGGAGGAGCCGGUACAAGAGAGAAAGCCAAGCUUGGAAGAGAUGCUUACCAAAUUUGUGGCUGCUUCCGAAAAGAGACAUAGUGAUCAUGAUGCUGCAAUUCAAGAAACAAGAACCAUGCUUAGGAACCAGCAAGCAUCUAUCCAUAAUAUAGAAACGCAGCUAGGGCAACUUGCUCAACAAAUCAACCAAAGAUCACCAGGAAAACUUCCUAGCAAAACCGAAAAUAACCCACGAGGCGCGCACAUAAACAUAGUCACAACAAGAAGUGGGAAGAUAAUCACUCCCCUGGCCCCUAUUUAG